UUUAUCACAUUUACACGUUAUUACUGGAUUAUAGAUAAUAUUAUUUAUCUUAAAAUUUACACGUUAUUCUAUAUUUUCAAUAUUCCGGCAUAGAGUUGAUGUGUGUAUACAAUAUCGAUGACGAAUUUAAGAUCUAGCCUUGUUAUUGUGUAUAUUUAAUUGAUUUAACUUGUCUUAAUUUCCAGUUUAAUUUGUACUGUUAAUUUAGUCUAAUUUUGUUAAACUAUAUUAAUUUAUUAUACUGGUUAAACUUUACUAGUACUUUUUUUUUUUAAUGAAUAGUAGUCAUUUCACUCGUAAAUUUUUGAAUACCUAUUAAAAUGAAAGUUUUUUUUAAUGAAUUAUUAUUUACUUUGAUGUUAUCGUCUAUGGUAACCCUGGUUUAUGGAAUAAGAUGGCACAUGAAGCCAAAUACUGAAAAAUGCCUUAAAGAAGAACUCAGACAAAAUGUUUUGGUAAAGGGCGAAUAUGAAGUGGCACCAGUUGAAGGCCAAAAGAUUGAUUAUAUAGUUAGAGAUUCAAAAAAUCAUAUAUUAUCACAAAAAGAAGAUAUUACUACAGGCAAAUUUACUUUCAGUGUUGAAAACUAUGAUAUGUUUGAAAUAUGUUUUAUUUCUAAAGUAACAGGCAAUCAUAGAGGUUUUGUGCAAGAAGUUUAUUUAGAUAUUAAAACUGGCGUCGAAGCAAAAAAUUAUGAAGGGAUUGCUGAAGCUUCAAAACUGAAACCUCUUGAACUAGACUUGAAACGUCUUGAAGAUAUGUCACAAUCUAUAGUACUUGAUUUUGAAGACAUGAAAAAACGAGCUGAUGAAAUGCGUAAUACCAAUGAAUCUACUAACAAAAGAGUAUUUUAUUUUGGAAUGUUGAGUAUGAUAUGCUUAAUUGGUUUUGCAACAUGGCAAAUAUUUUAUUUAAAAAGAUAUUUUAAAGCAAAGAGACUGAUUGAAUAAUCGAAAAUUUGUAAUUUGUUAUUGGCCAGUUUGGCAGCAACAUCAAGUAAAAAGCUUAUUCAUUAUUCUAUCCCACCUAAAAAUUAUUAAAAAUGUUGUAUUAUUUGUUAUUUAAUUUAUUGUACAUCAUAAAAUUUAAUAUUAAAAUCUAGUUCUUAUAAAAAAUGUUUAAAUUUAGAAUAGUCUUGAAAUUUUACUGUCAUUAUAUUGUUUAAGGUAUCUCAGUUAUCAAUUCAUCGAUAGUAAAUAUUUGAAAUAAUUAUUUUUAUACAUAAUUAAAAUAUAUUAAAUAAUAUAUUUAUAAUCCUUCAACAAGAUAAAAGUAAUCCAUUCACUAUUUGUAGGUUGAAAAUAAACGGGUUUUAUAUUUUCAUACUACAACGACAGCAAAAAUCUUAAUUUUUAGUUAGCAUAUUAUUAAUAUUUAUAUAUAAGUGGAACACAUUUAACUGACAACUUUUGUUACUUUUGAUCUAAUAAUAAUUUCACUGUAUUUCUUUUUUAUGAUUAUUUAGUUUUAAUAAUAAACAUUUUUUUCAAAAUUUCAAAAUAGUUUAUUGUUUAGAGCUUUACUUACCAAAAUAUUUGAUAGGUCAACCACAGCUUUAACAUCUUUGGAUAAGUAUUUAUUGAGAUACAAGCAUUUGAAUACAUAGUAUGGGUAUGUUACAUGGGUCAAGUAUGAAUUAUAAAUAUGUAUUAGUACUUGUACUCGCGUUCAUAUUUCAUCGCAUACAACUUAAUAAGUACUUGUCUUAAAGUUUUUUAUCAACUAAUAAACAUUUUUUGUAAGAAAAACUCUAAAAGAAUAGGCUAUUUUAAAAGGUUAAAAAAAAUUUUAAUUAAAAAAUAUCUUUAUUUUUCUUUUUAACUAAUAAAAAAGAAUAGUAAAUUAUGCUUUUAAAAUAGUAUAAGAAUUCAAAAACUAUUAAUAAAUAAAAUUACAGCAAAAUUAAUUAUAACAACAAUUUAAA